AGAAUCUGAGAAAAAUGGCAAAUAUGGAUAGUGAUUCUAGACAUCUCAUCUCAGAGGAAGAUCAUGAAAUAAAUCCUGGUCCUAUGAAUGUCCAGUUUGAUUCAUCAGAUCUAAGAUCCAAAAGGCACUCAGCAUCUCGAUGAAAACAGUUGGAAAAGAAAAUCUUUCAGAGUCAUUCUGCUCUCAGAGUACCCAAGCCAACCAACUGUGAGAAGUGAAUGCCUUUGUACAUCUAGUUUUUCAUGGAGGACAAGAAGUCAUUUUCUUCAAUGGCUGACUUCCAGAAGUUUUGCCUGAGUGUUUUUUGUCAAGUAUAUAUUCCCUUCUUUAGGCCUUUCUAUAUAGAGCCCACAAACAUCGUCAAUGUGAAUGAUGUCAUUCAGAGGGUUAGUGACCAUGCCUCUGCCAUGAACAAAAGGAUUCAUUACUACAGCCGGCUCACAACUCCUGCAGACAAGGCACUGGUUGCUCCAGAUCAUGUAGUUCCAGCUCCAGGGGAAUGCUAUGUAUAUAGUCCAUUAGGUUCUGCUUAUAAACUCCAAAGUUACUCUGAAGGACAUGGGAAAAACAAUAGUUUAGUCACCAUUUUUAUGAUUUGGAAUACCAUGAUGGGAACAUCUAUAUUAAGUAUUCCUUGGGGCAUAAAACAGGCUGGAUUUACUACUGGAAUGGGUGUCAUCGUGUUGAUGGGCCUUUUAACACUUUAUUGCUGCUACAGAGUGGUAAAAUCACGGACUAUGAUAUGUUCAUUGGAUACCACUACUUGGGAAUAUCCAGAUGUCUGCAGACAUUAUUUUGGUCACUUUGGACAGUGGUCCAGUCUCCUUUUCUCCUUGGUAUCUCUCAUUGGAGCAAUGAUAGUUUAUUGGGUGCUUAUGUCUAAUUUCCUUUUUAAUACUGGAAAGUUUAUUUUUAAUUUUAUUCAUCACAUUAAUGACACAAACAGUAUACCAAGAACCAAUAAUAGCAAUCCUGUGAUUUGUCCAAAUGCUGGGAGUGGUGGCCAUCCUGACAACAGCUCCCUGAUUUUCUUUACCAAUGACACUGAAGUUGAACAGUUUGAAAAGUGGUGGAAUAAGUCCAGGACAGUACCUUUUUACCUUAUAGGGCUCCUCCUGCCACUGCUCAACUUUAAAUCACCAUCGUUUUUUUCAAAAUUUAAUAUCCUAGGCACAGUAUCUGUCCUCUAUUUGAUUUUUUUUGUUACCUUAAAGGCUAUUCGCUUGGGAUUUCAUUUGGAAUUUCAUUGGCUUACACCAACAGAAUUUUUUGUACCAGAGCUACGAUUUCAAUUUCCACAGUUGACUGGAGUGCUUACUCUUGCUUUCUUUAUUCAUAAUUGCAUUAUCACACUCUUGAGAAACAACAAAAACCAAGAAAACAAUGUGAGGGACCUGUGUGUUGCUUAUACGCUGGUGACAAUAACCUAUCUGUAUAUUGGAUUCCUGGUUUUUGCUUCUUUUCCUUCACCUCCAUUAUCCAAAGAUUGUAUUGAGCAGAACUUCUUAGACAACUUCCCUAGCAGUGACAUCCUGUCCUUCAUUGGAAGGAUAUUCCUGUUGUUCCAGAUGAUGACUGUGUACCCACUCUUAGGCUACUUGGCUCGUGUCCAGCUAUUGGGCCAUGUCUUCGGUGACAUUUAUCCUAGCAUUUUCCACGUGCUGAUUCUUAAUGUAAUUAUUGUGGGAGCUGGAGUGCUCAUGGCUUGUUUCUACCCAAACAUAGGAGGGAUCAUAAGAUAUUCAGGAGCAGCAUGUGGCCUGGCCUUUGUAUUCAUAUAUCCUUCUCUCAUCUAUAUAAUUUCCCUCUACCAAGAAGAGCGUCUGACAUGGCCUAAACUAAUCUUUCACAUGUUCAUCAUCAUUUUGGGCCUAGCUAACCUGAUUGUUCAGUUUUUUAUGUGAAAACUAGUUUUCUCAAGCUCUUUCAUGGUUUUUUGAACCUCAACAACAGUUCUACAUAAACUCACUUGUAAAUGCUAUUGUUGCUG